AUGGCCGCUGCACAGCUCAUUGACGGGCUGUCCGGCUUUGCAUCCGGAAAAGGCCAUAUUCAGAAAACAGUGAUUACCGGUCAAAAGGCUCUCUGGGGCAGGCGAGCCAAUGUUUCGGGCUUUUCUAGCCUUCCUAGUAUGCUGUUGAUGAUCGGGGCGCCUCUCCUCGUGCUACUGAUCUCUGUGGCUCUCACCCACUAUGAUGGCUCAAUCGCAAGAGUGCUUGAUGACUUGUAUUCUCAUGGCGCCCUCCCAUUUCUCAUGCGAUAUUGUCCAUCUUUGACCACGCAGGGCAUAAUAGCGUACAUCUCCUGGCUGGUCUUUCAAGCAUUGUUAUACCAAGUCCUCCCAGGGAGAAUUGUGUCCGGUCCACCCACUCCCGGGGGAUAUUCUUUGCCAUAUAAAGUCAAUGGAUUAUGGUCCUGGUUUGCAAGCCUAGCUGUAUUUAUUGGCCUUGUCAAAGCAGGCAGGCUGGACCCGACCUUUGUCGCAGUGCAUCAGGGUGAACUUAUUAUUAUUGCCAACAUAUAUGGAUUCUUGAUCACGGCUGCGUCGGUGGCAAAGUCCCAUUUAUUGACCCAGAACACGAGGGAUAUUCGAUUUAGCGGAUCCAUCAUUCACGAUUUCCUAUCUGGAGUGGAACUUAACCCGCGCCUGGGCAAGUACUGGGACUUGAAACUUUUUCAGAUUGGACGUGUUGGUAUGAACAGCUGGGUACUUGUUGACUUAUCCUUUGCUGCUAUGCAAUACCAGAAAUUUGGCUACCUCACAAAUUCUAUGAUAGUAGUUAAUUUGCUACAUGCCUUGUAUGUGGUCGACUUUUUCGUCAAUGAGGACUGGUAUCUAAGCACGAUAGAUAUUGCCCUGGACCACUUCGGUUUCAACUUGGCAUGGGGCUCCGCCGUCUGGCUCCCAGUUGUUUAUACUACUCAAGCACACUAUCUGGCUUAUCACCCCGUACAGUUUUCCGGGUUACAAUGCACACUACUUCUAGUAGCCGGAAUUACAGGUUAUGUGAUAUUCCGUUCUGCAAAUCAUCAAAAGUACCGCACGCGCCAGUCAAACGGAACCAACUUGAUCUGGGGCCAAAAACCUUCACUCAUUCAAGCAACUUACCAAACAGCCGAUGGCUCGUCGCAUUCGUCUAUGCUUCUACAUUCCGGUUGGUGGGGAUUGGUCCGUCAUCCGAACUAUAUCGGAGAUUUGAUCUUCUCGUUUUGCACUUGUGCUGGAUGUGGGUUUUCACAUAUAGUCCCUUGGACAUAUUUCUUCUUUAUGGCUAGUCUGCUUAUUCAUCGGGCUUUGAGAGAUGACGCCCGUUGCUCGUCAAAGUAUGGUGAUCGAUGGAGUAUCUACUGUAAGAUUGUGCCGUGGAGGUUAAUUCCGGGGAUCUUUUGA